CACACACACACACACACACACACACACACACACACACACACAUACACGCACGCUAUUCAGUGACGUGUGGAGAAGUAACUUAAAACACACACACACACACACACACACACACACACACACACACACACACACACACACACACACACAUACACACACCAAACGCAAUGAAAUGCUGAUAUGCAGAUGACUCGGAAAAAAGAGAGAAAAAAAAAGAAAACCGGAAGCAGAUUUGAAGCACGUAGCGAUGCAGAACAACGCGGAACACAACACAACGGAACAUACGAGAACAAAAAGACCGACCACUCCACCAGAGGUUUCUCCGCCUAGAACCAGUAGCAACUCCCUCGCAUUACAAAAACGAGACGGUAAUGCGGAGACGCCCCAAGACACCUUUACAUCUAGUCAUGCUUCCCACCAAUGCAUCACACACAAAUUCCUCCCACUAGUACGGUGCUAGUUCUGCCUGUCACGUCCACACUGCUCUUCAAUCAUCUUAUAUUCCUCCUGUUUCUGCCUCUUGGUCAUCUUGUACUGUAUGUUUUCCUCUCAAAUUGAUGAGAACACGUGCUCGUAAAGUCUGGAGCUCCCUAACCGAUUUUUUAUUUUUAUUUUCUUGAUUUUUGAGAGGAAGGUUUCAAGGCGUAAUCUGAAGAUGAUCUCAAGCGGUCUUCUUCGCUCUCUCAUUAGGACUAUUAUCUAAAGCCACAGAGAUUAUUGAAGUGGGCUCUCAUGAGUGUUUUUGCCUUCAGUGAUGAAGCAGAAUCUUUGUUGAACUAUUACUAGAUCUUGGAAACGCUUUGAAAAUCCCAAGUUCGUUCUAAUAGUGUUCUUGUAUUUGUGCUACGUUUAAUUUGUGAACUUUAGCGUCUGUUUCAUUCAAGUUAUGUGAUCGGAAUGUUUAUUUUUUCUAUCAACUUCAAGCUUCACAUCAGUCUUAUACAGAUGAAGAUAAGUGGGAAAAAGCGCCGUCUUGGACACGAAAACAUCAAACCGUACAGCUUUACAUGCACGCUUGAUUCACGAAGUAAGCGUCUCUGCAGUAAAGCUCAGAUGCUUGGUAGACUGAAUUUUUCCAUCAACUUUGAACCGACUUCCUAUAGAUAUGGAGGAGGAAAGAGACAAAACACGGAGGGCUUUUUCACGCUUGACUCACAAAACCUUCGCUGUCACUUUACUACUAGUUUAAUGUUUUGGACACCAUUUCUCUGUCAGUUUUGAACUUAUCACCACAAAGAGUUGGACAAUCUUCUUAAAUACAAAAUCCUGAAUUACAAAACUUUGGUGUCACUUUAGUUAAGUUCAAAUGUUUCGAACUGGUCAUUUCUUAGUCUGCUUUGAAUACCGCACUUCCUACAGGCAGAGAAGAGGAAGGAGACACAACACAUGCAGUCAAAUCAUCCAGUUUUCAUCUCUGACUCGCAAAAUUUCAGCAUCCAAUUGAUUAUUUAAGAUGUUCCAAAUGUUUCAUCUCUCUAUCAGCUUUGAACCCCUCACUUCCUACAGACAAAGAGAAAAGAGACAAAAUACAGCUCCUUGAACGCCAGUGACUAAGAAAAAAUUCGGCGUCACUUCAGUUCAGGUUCAGAUGUUUCAAACGCUUCAUUUCUCCGUCAACUUUGAACCACACACUUCCUACAGAUAGAAAGGAGGAAGGAGACAAAACACGGCCAUCUUGAACAUCAGAGCGUCAAGUCAUGCAGUUGUCACGCCCUGGAUGGCACGGUUGACGCAAGGGAUGGAAGGUGGAAACGAUAGCUAAACAAACACAAUUUCCAGCGAGCAAUGAACCACAUAAUUCAAGUCAACAGGAAGCAAGGAGCGAAUGGAGUCCGGGAGAAAGGAACCAUUUGAGCGUGACAAGAUUUUCACCAAUCAGAACCGAGCUAGAAUUAAAACCGUGAUGUGACUGGUGGAGAACGGAGGAUGUGAGUUUAGUUGGCCCCUCCUCUCCAAGUUCUCUCACUGCCACACGCCCCGCCUCCCUCACACGCUCUCCCUCUCCUCCAAGUCCUCUCCUCUUAGUUGACGUGUGGGUGUGUUGUGGAGAGGUGUAGGCGCCACGUGUCCGCCGCGAGUGACUUACGAACAGUGCCUUGUGUGAGAUUUCUGGUGCGUCUCAUGGAUUUAAGACCGAGACGCAACGUGUGAGGCGAGAAGGUGAUCUAGAGCACGCGCGUGUCUGUGUGUUGGUCAGGCUCUGACGAGGGCGCGGUAAAGCAACAGACAUGCAGACGAAGAACGUGAAUGUGCAAACCUCAGCUUCCAACAAAAAUGAGAAGAACGCCGCCGCUGCCGCCAUGACAGCCAACGGGCCAGCGGUGAACGGCAUGCUGAACGGCGCCCACAGAAUGAACGGUGGGGGUACUGGAGGAGGAGGAGAGGGGGGCAGCAUCCCUACCUCCUCCCCUUACCAACCACUACCCCCAACCUCCUCCACAUACCUACAAAUGGCAUCACCGUACCUCUCUGUGUCGUCAUGCAAGGCGUCACCAUACCAGCACCUCCCUGUGACAUCAUCGAGCUACCAGGCAAUGAAUAGCCAGCAGGGAGUCACAUCACCACCUUACCAGCCAAUGAACGGCUCGCUAGGUGUGACGGCAUCAGUGUCCUCGCCCUAUCAGCCGCCGCCUCUGCCGCCUCGUGUUGGGCCUCGACGCUCUGAUGGAGGGAACGCAGGUAACGUGGUGAGUGUCUACAAACCAGUGCCGCCACCAAAGCCCUUCUGUGGAUCAGCAGUGACUAACAACAGCAGCAGCAGCAGCAGCAGCGGUGGUGGUGGUGGUGGCGGCGGUGGCGGUGGAGGAGGCUCAGCAGGGGAGAAUCAGCAGGACAGCAGGAGGCAAGAGCAGCAGGAAACAGCAGCAUCUCUCCGGGAACAGCUGGCGAGUGUGACAGGAACCCCACUACAGUCUGGCCUGCCCCCACUACUGCCCCACAUCCUAGUGACUGACCAAGGCCACUUCCACACUCACUCCACAAAGUUUCCGAUCGAGUCUAAGGAGGAACCACCAAGCUUUCCUACCUCACCCUCUUGGCGUCCUACUCUUCGUCCUCCUCCACCCCUUCUCUCGGGCUCCUCCUCGCUGGGCAGGGGCAUCAAGGGGCUCAGUGGGCUGGCAGGGAUGGGCGUGGCUAAGGGUAGUACUCUCCCAAGGUCCAUCACUGCGCCCACACCCGCACAGACACGUCCGCAGCACCACCAUCACUCCCACUUGCACAACUCACCACUAAAAGCAAUACCAACGGAGGAGGAGGAGGAGGUGGUGGUGGUGGUGGUGGUGGAGGAGGAGAGAGACCAUCUACUCUCCACGGAGCGUCACAUUCGCUUCUGUGACGGCAUAGACAACCCUGGUCUGGUGGAGGACGCCGCGCACAUGAGUUACCGCGCGGGUGCAGGAGGAGGCGGAGGCGGAGGCGGAGGAGGAGGAGGAGGAGGAGCAACAAGACCUCCUUCAGGUAUCCCUCCUGAAGGCACACUGGCUGGCACACUCCCUUCACACCCACAGCAGCGCCCCUUCGAAUCUCCCUUCCUCUCUCGUCCCUUCCGCAGUAGUUCUCAUCAACAGUACCACCCCUCUACCUCCCAGCCCCUCCCAGUCAACUCUCAGCACCCUCAGUUGGCCUCCCACGGGUUGGUGUCUUCUCAGUAUCCUCCCCAAGGCCCCCAGCACCUCCCCCCACCCUCCCAACACGCCACGGUGCCUCCAUCCCAAACUGGCGCCUUCAAUAGGGAGGCGUGGGCACGGAGCUCCCAGGGGCAUCUCACGAGUCAAGAGAUCUUUCUUCAUUUCCACCCUCAGGACGUGGUUGAGCUCCACCCACCUCAGGGUCAUCUACAUCUCAACGGCCACGCCCCCACUCACCACCACGCCCCCACCUCCCCUCCCUCCUUCCCCCACAACGGCGUGACACAUUCCCACCACGCCCAUCAUCACGCCCACCCCAUCCCCAACAACCACGUGGAAGGGGCCCACAACCAUCCGCCCGUCUCCCAGAACCAGCACAACGGCGAGGUGACGCCUGAGGAGUCCUCCGAGCGGCGGGAGGAAGUGCGGAAGGACGACAAAUGGGGCUCCCUCACGCGGGGCCUCGCGGCGCGCAAGUAUCAAAACUUCAAAGAGAAAUUGACCAACAAAUUCUCCCGGAGCGAUAAACCCGAAGAGCGACCCGGCCAGCAGGGGGAGGCCAGGGGGGCUGGCACCGCCGUGCAGGCCACCACCACUCAGGAGUCGUCGCCCGCAGCCAGCAAACAGGAGGGCGGGGGGCAGGCUGGCGUGGCCCUGGACGGAAGCCGUGCUGCCAAGCUUAACACGAGCUUCCGCAAAGCUUUGCACCAAAGCUCCGGGAAGGACAUGGCCACCGCCGAGACGAUGCUGAACGGCCACCAGGAACACGGUGUCAGCGGCCAGCAGAGCAGUGGCAGCGGCGGCGUUGGAGUAGGCCUUCCCCCACACUACCCUCGCCCUGCCCCUGGGCGCCCUCCUGCAGCCCUGCCGCCGCAGUCUUCGCCGCCCCUGAGCCGCCCUGUAGAUCACAUUGGGCGCGGCCUGGCAAACAGAAGGUCAGGGUCAUACCACCACCUGACACACCUACGGCAGGAGACGCCCGCGUGGCGCCCACAUCACUACUCCGCCGACAACAUUGCCGACGACCACGCCCUGCCCUCAGACCACACCUACUCCGGCCCGGCGCCAGGGGCGGGGCGGGGUCAGCCUGCUGGAGGGGAGGGCGGCUGCGGCGGCUCUGGUGGCUCCGACUCAGGGCGUGGGACAGCUGGGUCUGGCGGGGAGAGCCGUCCCGCCAACGCCCUGGACACCAGCCUGGACUCCGCCGCCUCGCAGCGACACGCUGGCCAGGGCCACUCCUCAGGGAAUGACUCGGAGUGGGUGGACGUGACGGACGCGGAGCUGCAGCGGAUCAUGAAGCUCGGCGCGGAGGGGAAGAGUGGAGGCGGCGGCGGCGGGGGCGGCGGCGGUGUGGCGGGGCGGGAGUCACUGGCCGCCACCCCUCCACUUCCCCCUCUCUCCCCAGAGGCGACCCCUCAGUCCUCGCCCUCCAGGCACCGCAAACACGGCCUCUCCUACAGCUGCAAUGGUCUCAACAAGCCUGACCUGCUGGAGGCCGCGGGGAGGAGGCGAGGAGGUGCUGGCCACGACUCCUCCCAGUCCACGCCGCGGCGGGAAGGAGGCACACAGGGGACCCACGGCCACCCGAGCGGCAAGGGUAGUUCGGGCGGCAGCGGCGGUCACAAGAGUGCGGCGCCCCCAGGGAGUAGCUGGGCGCUUCGCAAGGAGGAGAUGCGGCAGAGGAGCUCCUCCUUCGACUCUCACAGGCACAAGAAUCGCAUCAACCUAGAUCCUACUGCUGGGGACCUGGAGGCAGGCGAGAUCACCUCCACCACAGACGCCCUGGACUUGGACUCAAUGUUGGAUGGCGCCACGGAAGCCACGACAGACGAUGAGGCGCUCUCAGCUUAUGAUCCUGACGUACACCUUAUCAGAAAGCAGCUAGAGGGACUUGAGGGAAUGUACUCUGAGGUUCUAAAGCUACUCGGGGGAAGGCGUGGCGGCAGGACAGUGUUAGGCGGAGGUGACCUGAAGAAUUCCCGGCGGCGCCUCCACGGGUCUUUGUCCUCGCUGCCUUCCUCCGUCAUGUCCUCCCGGCCCGGCAAGGACAGGAGGAAGGUGAUUGAUGACCGGGUGAGGAGGACAGCACGAGACAAUAAUGGCAGCAAGAAUAUCCACAAGCGCUUUCAGAGACUGGAGAGCCACGUGGUGACCUUAGCACGAAGUGUGGCUCACCUUAGUUCGGAGAUGCGCACCCAGCACCUCAUGUUCCAGGAAAUCGAGAGUAUACGAGCGGAGAUUGCAGGCUUGCGAAGUGGAGGAGGGGGAGGAGGUGGGGUCAUGUCCACUGGAGCGGCGGGAUCACCAGCAAGGGUGGGCGGUCACGUAUCCUGGGAGUCCUUCAGGGCAGGCAUCCCAGGCCUGUCCAACCCCGGCAGGGUGAAGAAGCUUACCCAGUUCUUCGGAGACGAGCCGCCCCUCGUCAGGAUCUUCCUCAGGAAAUUGGGAUACGAGAAAUAUGCGACGCUGUUCGAGCAGGAGAAGAUUGGAAUGCUGGAGCUGCCUUACCUGACCGAGGAACGCCUUCAUAAGAUAGGUAUCCCCAUGGGCCCCAGACUAAGGAUCCUUCAAGAGGCGCAGGGACCCAUUAGGAAGGAAGGGAACCUGAGUGUAUAUGUUGUGUAAAUACCCACCUUCCUCUCUCACUUUCUCUGGUUACCGAUAAGAUUUUUUUCUUUUAGUCCUUCCUCUCUCUUUGCUCAAUUCAGUACUGUCAUGUGUCUGUGUUACUCGAGGCAUGUCUGUCGCUCGUCUGUUCACCACCAUUCACUGUAUUACGAAUGGUGAAUAUUGUACAGUGUUUAUUUUAUUGGAAUGGUGUGUUAUUGGUGUGUUUCAAAGACUCGUCGUUUUCUUUGCUUCAUAAAGAAUUGGUGAAGUGUGGUUCGCUACGAGUGAAUGUUGGAAGAAACAGUAUUUUUGCUUUAAUCAGUGGAAGCAAUUCCGCCCCCAAAAAAAAAAAAAAAGUGUUGAGCGAGUUUACUGAAAUUUGUUCUUGAAAAAACAUGUAGUUGAUAGACGAGGAAAACUCAAUAAUUAUGACAAUUCUCCUUGAACAAAGUGAGUUUUUUAUGUAAUGUACCAAGACUUCAGUGAUUUUAAAAUGGAAAACAUGAACGCACAUUAGUAAACAGUGUACUUGUGAAUGAGAUACAAGUAAACAGUUUAUUUAUAAAUGUGUAAAGUGGAAAACACGAGUAAAUAAUCCGCUAGACAGAGACACAGACAGACAGGCACGAGACAUAUCACAGCCAAGUGUUCACUCUAGCGUGUACGAUCCUUCCAUGAAUUCUUGAAGUCACUGCCAGAACCAUAUACUGAAACAUUUCUGUGCCGCACCGCCGCUACUUUCAAAAGGCUCUUCUUGAAGUGACAAGGGUUUUUAGGAGUGUUUCAAAAGUGUCUAAUUGAAGUGACAAGGAUUUUUAAGUGUUUCGAAAAGAUCAACUUAAAAUGACAGGAUUUUUUUAGGAGUGUCUCAAAAGGCUUUAACUGGUGACAAAUUUUUUUUCUUUUUAACUCAAAAGGCUCUAGUUGAAGUGACAAGGUGUUUUUAAACUUAAAUGGCUUUUGUUGAAGUGACAGGAUUUUUCAUGAGUGCCUCCAGAGAGUCUAGUUGAAAUGACACGGAUUUUCAGGAGCAUUUUUAUGGUUCUAGUGACAGAUUAAUAAGAUUUCUAGAUACAUUAUUACCAGGAGAAACAUUCUUAGAAACCAGCUAAUCGUUACUAUGGUGUUUGAAAAUAGUUGGGGUGAGAGAACAGAGCGUUUUUUCUAUACAGGUCUGAGUUGCACGUGGCAGGGAUUCAUCAUAUAAGCUAACUGGCCAAAGUUCAUAGCGUAGCCGAGGUGUCUGGCGCGCUGAGCCGAGUCUCAGCCGACCCGCCCACACAGGAGGAGGAGGAGGACCAGCUUAGACCCUAUUCUCAAACACCUAUGCGCUGCACCUCCACUUCACUUAAAAGGCUCUUAGCAGUUGAAGUAAUAUGGGUUUUCAAGAGUGUUUUUAUGGAUCUAGUGAGAUAUUAACAAGAUAUCUACAUGAUUAACAGGAAAAAACACUCUUAGGAACCCGGUUAAGCAUCACUGUGGUCUUUGAAAAUAGUUAUGAUGUGAGAGCGAAGUGUUUUUGAAUAUGGGCUCCAGUAUUGCCAAGCCAAAGAUAUUCCUUCUGGCCUAGACGCUUUCAAGAGCACCUGCCUUGAGUUGCGGUGCUUCUGUGCUUCCGUGGGGCUCUUUUAGUGUAUUCAAUAUUGUGUCUUAUGCGCAGGCGGUGGAGUAUAUGUAUGCAUUUUAUUAAGUUGUGGUUAAUCGUGGCUAGUUUUAUAUCAAAGGGCUGUCCAAUGAAAAGAAAUUGUGAAUACUUGGUUUGAUUCUAUAUUCACGUAAUCUUCUUUUUUUUUUUUUUUUUGUUUUUGUAAGCGUAGCAAGAAAUACGUUCUGAAACUUGUGUAUGUGAGUGAUAUGUUAGUGGCGGUGUAACGCGAGAGGAAAGUAUGGAAGAAAUUACGGUAUGAUUGAGAAAGGGAAAACUGUGAAGGAAGGUGAAGCAGGGUUGUAGGGAUGAAAUAUGGAAAAACUGUGAACAUGGUUUGAAGGAAGGAAGGAAGAACUGUAUGAAAUAAGAGGAGAAACAUGAAAUAAAGAAAGACAUCUGUGAAUUGGAGACGAUGACAUGAUUUGAAAUGAGAAAGAGAAAGAAGUAGAAAAAAAACUGAAGUGGGGAAGAGAAAAAGUAAAAAAGUAGAGGAAAA